AUGUGGCGCUCAUUGCUCGCCGCUCCACGGCUCUCGACUCCCGCGCCCCCUCCCGCCGCCGCUGCCGCUCGACGCAACCUGCGCGCCCUCGUUGCGCGCUCUCGGAAGGACGUGCCCGAGGGCGAGGCCGCAUCCAGCCUGGUUGAUGUCGCGGCGGUCUCUGCGCUGCCAAGGCAGGACCCGAAGGCACGCGACAUAGAACACUCGUCCAUCUACCGGUGGUGCCGCGCGAGCCCAUCCAUCCACGCGCAGUCCGCGUCGCCCGCGGACGUGGAGGUGGAGAUCUCGCACUCGACCCUCAACUACAAGGACGCGAUGAUCGUCCUCGGCCAGAAGGGGGUCGCGGGGCAGUACUUUGACGGCGGCUACGCCGAGCGCGCCACGUGCCGCGCCGAGUGGCUCGUCGCGCUAGAAGUUCCUGCGUGCAUGCGCCGCUUGAUCGGGUUGCGGGUCGUCGGCACGGCGGGCGUCACGGCGACCAUGCUAGGCGGCGAGCUAGCGACGAGCGUCUACCCCUUCAUCCUGAGAGGCGUGCGGCUGCUCGGCGUCGACCAGGUCCAGCCCUGGGUGGCGCAGAUCUGA